UGUGAAGGAGUGAGUGAUUGACUUUAUCAGAGCAAGGACAUCACUCACUGGGAGAGGGGGGGAAAGUUUGAUCCUUUCUUAAGGAUCACGGUUGCGGGAGUUUUUUUCUCCCCCGAUUACUGAAAAAGGUGAUUUUUGUAUUUGCAAGUUGUUGGGUUUUUUUUUCACCCUGUUGCGAUCACAAGAAAAGAGAGUUACAGCCGUAGAGUGCUUUUUACAGAAGUCAAUCCGGGUUUUAGAAUUUUUUUUUUCUUUUUUGGUUUCUCCUCGUCGAGUUCCCGAUGACGAUGUUACUUGACAGCGGUCCGCAGUUCUCUGGGCUUGGAGUUGGAGGUUUUGGCACACCACGGCAUCAUGAGAUGGGCAGCAGGGAUGUUGGUCUGGCACUCAAUCCCUUUGGAGAUUCUUCCCAUGCAGCGGCUUUCAAACUCAGCCCUGUGGCUCACGAAAUCUCCUCCAGCCAGAACUCUGCGUUCACCCCGCAGGCAUCUGGGUAUGCGACUGCCCUUGGUCACCACCACUCUGGGCAGAUGGGUUCGUACAGCGGCGGGGCGUUCAACUCCAGAGACUUCUUGUUUAGAAACCGCGGUGCUGGAAUCGGGGAAUCUGCAGCUACGAGCGCCCAGCAUGGGAUCUUUGCCCCUUCAGCGGGGAGUCUGCACGGACCUGGAAUCGCCGACAACCCGGGACACCUUUUAUUUCCAGGGCUUCACGACCAGCCCGCCAGUCACACUUCGCCGAAUGGACACGCAGUGAACAGUCAAAUGCAUCUGGGUUUGCGCGGGGACAUAUUUGGAAGACCAGACCCUUACAGACCCGUUGUGAGCCCGCGGACAGACCCCUAUGGCACAGCCCAGUUGCACAACUAUAACCACACGAUUAAUAUGAACAUGGCGAUGAACGUGCCGCCGCACCACGGACCGGGGGCAUUCUUUAGGUACAUGAGGCCGCCUGUUAAGCAAGAGAUGUCCUGCAGAUGGAUCGACGAGACCCAGAUGAACCGACCCAAAAAGAGCUGCGGCAGAACGUUCAGCAGCAUGCACGAGCUGGUGACACACAUCUCCAUGGAGCACGUCGGCGGACCCGAACAAAGUAACCACAUUUGCUUUUGGGAGGAUUGUCCGAGAGAAGGGAAAUCUUUUAAAGCCAAAUACAAACUGGUGAAUCACGUCAGAGUCCACACGGGAGAGAAACCCUUUCCCUGCCCCUUCCCCGGCUGUGGAAAAAUAUUUGCCAGGUCCGAAAAUCUGAAAAUUCACAAAAGAACUCAUACAGGUGAAAAACCAUUUAAAUGCGAAUUCGAGGGCUGUGAUAGACGCUUCGCAAACAGCAGUGACAGAAAGAAACACAUGCAUGUGCACACUUCGGACAAACCUUACAUCUGCAAAGUGUGCGACAAGUCUUACACACACCCAAGCUCGCUCAGGAAACACAUGAAGGUUCACGAGUCUCAAGCCUCAGAAUCGUCUCCAGCGGCAAGUUCGGGGUACGAGUCGUGUACACCACCAGCUCUUCUGUCUGCCAGCACGGAAGACCGCACAAAAACACCACCGUCCGCAGUACAAAACGCAACAGCGCACAACGACGGACUUCCACCCAACUUUAAUGAAUGGUACGUUUGAAACAGAGCACACGGGACUCUGAUGUGUACCAACAGGAAGGAACCUCAAAAACUACAAGCGCACCAUGGGGCACGAAGGGGAAUGGAUGAAGGAGCUGCAGAUUUCAGGAGUUGAAAAUUGAGUUUCGGUGCGCAGGACAGGAGUUCUGGACAGGCCUUUUUACAUUUCUCAGGAUUAGAAAUCGACUUGCAUUCGGAGUAAAGAUGGGUUUCCUUUUGUAGGUUUGAAAGUUUAUCUUCUUUUCAUUUUAUUUCUUUUUUUUUUGUUCGAAAAGGAAUUGUAAAAGGAUGAAUCGUUCACGGUAUGUUCAAUGAGGGCGGUUCUCAAGUCGCCUUAUUGUUAAACGUCACACAGUCUUAAAAACAAAACGUGCCAAAGUUUUUUUUUUUUUUUUUUUUUGUCUUGAACAAAAAAAUUAAUAAUAAAUAAAUAUAUGCUGGUGAAUGUAUUCCUUGUUCGAUGGGGUCGCAUCUGUUGUUUCGUGUACCUUUUCAGGAUGGAAAUGUGGCAUUAUUAGAAUAAGACUGUGACCGUUAUACCGUUGCCUUUUGUAAUAGCUUUGUAAAUACGUAUCCAUGAUGCCAUAUUUAUCAAUUUGUAAUUUAAAUUAUCGGCAUUAAGCUCCGAGACUGAAAAUGAUAUUUAUGGAAAAUGUUUUCUAACAAAACGAUGUACAGUUUUUGGUUAUAACCAGCUUAACAUUAAAAAUUCUCAAUUUUAAACAUUGCACAUUGCAAUUGUGUCUUUUAAAUAAGUGUGUUUUACUGAGGCAUAUGCUACUGCCAAUCAGCACAAGCAAAUAAGAAUAAUGAUAAAAAUAACAAUAAAAAUAAAAAUAAAAAAUUGUUGUGUUGCCCAAUACAAAUUCAAGUAAUAUGCUGGGAUAUCUUAAAACAACGUGUAUCGCCUAUACUGUGUUAUACUUUCUUCAUAUUUCAAUUGUACACAGAAGCCUGAAUAUGCUAAUAUUAAUAUGACGCACAAUACGUGGGUAUCACAUGAUUAUACUAAAGGUCCAGGUGUCACAUUUUUGAUGUGCUCAUUUGUAGCUCAGUGUCUUCCCGGUGGGUGAAUGUGACAUCUCAAUUGAAUUGUCUCCAAGCGGGGCGAUCAUAAACGUGGAUGAAUAAUAUUACACUUAGUGUACAUGAAGGAGACUUGCUGGGGACGAUCAUAAUUGCAUCUGUGCAAAUUAACACGUUUCACUCAGUGAAGUUCUCAAAAAGUCUGUAAGCCUUCACUUGGAAGGUGUGCAAGCAAAUAUGCUGUAAAUCAUUCCGAGGCAGUGAGACAGUGACCUUUUCGGGGUACUUAAGGUCAACACGCAAACGCUGCGAAGGUAUUGAGCAUUAAUAAUGUAUAUGCCGACGAAGCGGAUAGUAUCUGUCUGAGUGCUAUUUGUUUUGCGUGUGCGUCUGUGUGUAAACGGGAAUGAAAGGGGGGAUUGUAUAAGAUAACUAUAG